AUGCCCCGGUCCCACCCCUACUCUCACUCCGAUUCCACCACGGUACCGUCCCAUUGCCCACCCCGGUACCGCCCCAUUGCACACCCCGGUACCACCCCCGGUACCGCCCCGGUGCCGGCCGAGGUCCCCCCGCCGGUGCCGGUGGCGGUGGCCCCCGCGGUGCCUGCGCUCCGCGGGCACCCCGGCGGGCACCGGGGUCCGCCCCUGCCCGGGGACCGUCCCGGCGGCUUCGGCCCGCACCGAGCGGUCAGAGUGGGGGUCAAGGCGGAGGGUCUGCGCGGGGGUCCGGGCCGGGGGACGCGUCCCAGGCACCGGUCGGGUGCAGCCCCGGUGUCCUGGUGCCGCCAGUGCCAGCAGGCGGCAGCACAGCCCGGGGAAACCGGCACCCACCGGGGCCCAGGACCCCUCCCCGGGUCCAGAACCCUCCUCCAGCACCCGGCGGGUGCAGCUCAUUCCUUCUCCCGGCACUUCCCCAGCCCUUCCCCAGCAGGACAAGGGAAGCAGAGCCCCGAGCCCGGGCUGGGGGACCAGCGGGCCGGCCGGAGCUCGGAACCUGCCCCAGAACCCCCAUCCCCGUGCCUGGGGAUGCGCAGCCCCUGGGACAGAGCUGAGAACACAGGGAAUCCCCCCGGUGUGGCGGGGUCACACCGGCACACGGAGAGCAGCCUGGACCUCCCGCCCCGUGUGUGCGGGGAUGGCCUCACUGGUGUCACCGGACCCGGUGCAGCUCCACGAUGGCCCUGGUGCUGGCUCUGCAGCUCCCACCCACCAGGGAGCCCCCACCACACCCCCCCGGUGUCACCAACAGUCCCCCAGCCACCAAUGCAGAGGGGACACGGGGAUGGGACGGCAGCGCUGGCCCCAAACGCGACUCAGUCCCCCUGA